ACCGGAAAAGACCCGCGUAGGCCGGAAGAGACCUCGGAAAGUCGGGGCCUCAGAGCGUCGUUGUGGUUUUUUUUUUUUUUAGCUGUCUACAGUCGAUAUGGACGACCAUGCCUCACUUUGUGCCGCACCAGAGGAAGAAAGUAAAUUCCAUAUUACAAUUCAGAAGGGGUUGUCCCUGCCAAGAAUGAAAAAAUGCAGCUGCUGCCCGACUCCUCUGUAUCACUGUCCUUUUUGCGUGACAGAAGUUUUCAAGCCAACCAGACAGUCUAAGCUGAGGUCCCAUAUGAACGGACAUAUGAGAAGAGCCUUUUUCGUUGACGAUUAUACCAUCCAUAGAUGUGCACUUGGCUGCAGGAAGCAACAACAUUUUCAUUGUUUGUACUGCUCAGCUACGAUCCUCAGGAGAUGCGAUAUCAAAAACCAUCUUUCCAUCUGCUUCAAGAAACAUAUGCAAUCCUCCCCAACGCCUGCCCAUGAGAAAAGCUCUUUGUUGUCCACUCAGAAGCAGGGUUCUGUCACAUCCACCCAGCUCUCAUGCCCCGGAAGUCCUUCAAACUCUCCAAGCCCUGUGUCACCCACCCUGGGGCCAAUUUCGGAGACCUCUUCCCUUGCUUCCUUCCCUCCAAGCCCUUCAACGUUGUUCCAGUUCCAAGAAAACAGGAAAAUUGAUCAGAUGCUGGCUCUCAUGGAGUACCUACACAGUGCAGCUGGCAUUGUAGGUCCUGGUCCUUCGCCUGUUUCAGCAGCAACACAUCGCCAGUGCUCCAUUGAGCUGAAAAAUGACACUUCAGACUACACUCUUUAUUAUCCAAGUGUUUACCUCAACAGUGGGUGCUGCUCUGUUCCUUUCCCUCCUACUAUUCGAUCUUCCACUUCUGGUGAGGCAAGCUUCACUACAACUCCAAACACGACUCAAGGAUCUGUCGGCAUCUUUACCUACGACCUCUUCAAUAACUCCACCAGAUCCUUCACCGAGAAAGCCGCCGUCUUGUUUGUGGUGCCGACUGACCUCAACUCAGUUGCUUAUGCUGUAGGAAUCUUUGACCACAGUAAGGAGUGCGGUCAGGAACUUUUUAAAGAGAUGUUUAAAACCACUAAGGGAUCUUUUGUCAGAGCCAAAGCCCAAGGUCAAAGUCUAACACACAAAGGUAGAAAUGUCACCAUCAUGGCUACAAUGUCUAACUGCAGCAACGCAGUUAUGAAGGUAGAAAUAAGUGAGACAAACUUCUGAAACGUCCUGCCUGUCAUUUUUAUAAUUGCUGUUUUUCUAGUCACCUUACCUUUAACACGAUGAAGCAGUCAUUUGUUCCGUAUGUAUUCUGUAAUAAACCAUCUGGCUAAAACGA